GCGAGAAAGGAAUGAGAGCAGGAGAGAGGAGAGCGCCGAGAGUUAGUGCACUGUGUUUUGUCAGGGGGGGCCCACACAGGCGACCACAUUGGCAGGAGAGGGGAGUCAAGUGGUGGACAGGCUCGACAGACUUCUGGUUUGAUUUAUUAGAAAUCUCCCUGUUCAGCAACAGCCGCAGGGAGGACAGGACAGAGAAGAAAGGAGGAGGGGAAAAGAUAAGUGUCAAUCUGUUGAAACUUGUUUGGGAAUUUUGAGGAAGGAGGGGAGGUAGGGCGAGACAGAAAGAGAGAAAAACAAGGAGAGCUCAGGCGUAAACAUGACGUUUUCCACAAGAGCUAAAGUAUUGAGAGAAAAGGGCAUCUUUGAUUGAUUUGAAAAUGGAGGACAUUUGCUAUGUCAGCUAGACAUUGUGUGUUGUGCAAUCUCCUGCUUUUGAGCUGAGCAGGACCCCCCAGGGGGGAGACCACCCAGCUCCCCAGGAUACAACUUUCAGGUUCCCCAAUGAUACAAUGGGGACCAAAAGGCCCAGCUGGAGCCUCUUUGACACUUUCUCUAACAUAAACACUUCUGACUGCAAGCUUCAGUCAGGUGGAAAGAUUUCCCGGGAUCCAAGUCCCAGGCCGGCAACGACUGCCCAGUCGGAGCGAGAGAGAGACCGUAAGCGAGAGGAAGACUGGAGGAGCGAGAGAGAAACGGAGAAAAAGAGGGACAAAGCACGAAACAAAGAUAUGGACCCACGGGAUAGAUAUUAUGAAAGAGACCGAGCUCCUGCACCCCGACCAAGAGAGGGUGAAAGAGAGUGGAGGGAGAGGGAAAGGAGGCAAGGAGAUGACAGAAGCAGGAACGGGAUGCUGCUGUCGCAUCUAGAGAAGGAGACUGUGAGAGAGGUAGAAAGGGUGACGACGAAAGGCGACACAUUUCCCAGGGCGAGAAAACGCAGCGCCGAUCGUGGUAAGGGAAAGUCGGCCACCGCCAAGGUGGAUGAGGAGAGAGGAGAAAGAAGGCAGAGAGAUGGACCGAAAAGAGUAGAGCCAGAUGACUGGGAAAGAGAGAGGGCACGGCAGAGAGAGAGGUACAGAGAGAGGGAAAGAGAUGAGAUGAGAAGUCGGGGAAAGGAAGAGGGGAGAAACACUGUAGGAAGACUUGUAGAAGAUGAUAAAUCACGAAAGAAGGAAAGAUAUCAGGAGUCUAAUGUUUUUUUUCAAUACAGGUUAAGAGAAGGUGGGGAUUCACGGGACAGAAGAGAGAGGGAUGCAGGUAGAAAGAGAGAAAAGCCAAGGCCAAACAUGGGAGAGAGGGAGGUCAGGGUGCCUUCGCCUCGCAAUCCAAGAGACAUUUACUCAGACAGGAAAGACAGAGAAAUGACUCAAAGUAGAGAAGGAAGGAGGGACACCAGGAGUGAAGGAGACAGUGACGAGAGAGAACUGAAGAGGGAGAGAGGGAGGGACAAAGAGAGGCAGGAGUUGACAUAUCAUCACAGCAGAAGUGAGGGGGACGAUACGGGCAAAACACUGAGGGAGAAAGAUCCAGAUAGGCAAAAAUACAGAGAAGAGGACACGCAGCGAUAUAGAGAUGGGCACAGAGAAGGGGAUCGAUCCAGGAGGAAGGGAGGGGAGAAAGAUGGGGUGAGAUACAGGGAUUUUGAUCGGCGAGCUGCGAGGGAGGGAGACGGAUUGAAGGAAAAUGUGACCGAUUUGAAAUAUGACAGGAGAGAGGGAGACAGAUCCAGAGAGUAUGAGCAGAGGACGGGUAGGAAAGUGAAGGAAAGAGCGGUUGAUCUAAGGUGGGAUGAUAAGACGGAGGGUAGCAGCCUAUCCCAUAAUGAGACAGCUCCUAGGGUGCCGCCACGAGUCCAGAGCAGCGGAGAGUGGAGCAGUGACAUGGACGGGGAGAUGAGAUAUAGAAGAGGCCGAGACGGUCAUGAAGAGAGGGUAUCGGGGAGAGAGAGCACUGCUGAAAGUGACAGAGAUGUAGAAGAGCAGAGAAAUCCAGCUGCUGAAAGAAGUGAAACAGAGAAGAAAAGAAGUGAGAGGCAAGAGAGAGACAGGGGAGAGAUGACGGAGCAGAGAAGGAUGUGGUUAGAGCCACAGCGGGGCAAGAAUAGUAAAGACGGGUUCGUCAUCAGAGAGAGAUACACAAGGGGGAAUGAGAGGAGGAGCGAAGAAGAGAGGAGUAUAGAGUCACAGGCUGAGUCGGAAAGAGAAGGACGGCGAGUAAAAGAGGAACCAGAUGAGAAGGACUUGGACCAGAGCAGUUACAGGGCAAGACAAGAAGGUAGAAGGGAGCACAGGGGAGACAUUGAGAAGGAGACAAAGGGUGUACGUGUAGAUGGAGAGGAGGUGGGUAAAGUGUGGAGAGAAGUAGAUAAGGGAGGGAAGGAACAUCUGUCUGACAGUGAUGGAGGGAUAGAGGGAAGUUGGCGGAGGGAUGCGGAGGGAGAGAGCGUGACAGAUAACACAGAGGAGAGUGACGGAGAGGAAGAGGGUGAAGGCAGUUAUUCGGGCCCCUCUGAGAACAAAGGAGGAAGUGAGACAGGGUGGAGGCAAGAAUUGGACAGAAUGCCGUCGGGGGAGGACGAUUUUGUUACUGUAUCCAGCGGUGGAGACGAGGAGGAAAAAGAGGAAGAGAAGUUUGAGGACUGUCAGGAAUUCUGGGAAGGUGCAUAUGAUGGUCGCCCACCUGCCGCCGCCAAGAGGUGUGAGGGAGACGAGAUGGGAACGGGAAAGGAGGAGGCGAUUGAUGAGGAGAGGGAGGAGCAGCCAAAGUAUGUCUUCUGUGUGAUUGGGCAAACGUUGCCCCGGCCAAAAACCAACGAGACGUCACCGUCACAAGUUGAUCCCAUGGGAGGUGUGAAAAGAGACCACCCGCACGCAGAAAGUCUGAAUCAUUGCAGUGAUGAGGCCGCACAGCAACCUCAUCGUGAUCGGAGUCGAAAUUAUGAAAACCCGAUCAUCACCAUCCAGGACACGGAGAGCAAGAGUGAGUGUGACACUCCAAGGGAGGACAGGCCAAACACGGGAGAAACGGCUGCAGGGGAUGUCAGAAUGAGGAGCAAAGUUGAGCACCCAUACACCGAAAUAGUAACGGUUAAAAGAGACUCGCAGACUGAACAACUUCUCACAGAGUGGAGAGAGAAAAAUAGAGAUGGAGAGAGGGAGCAGGCUACGCCAGUCCCGAGUAAUCCCUAUGGUGAAGUUUGUUCUCAGGUGAAUUUGGAACAAAUUCAACCCACCAUGGAAGGAAUUAACACCGGAGCAAUGACUCCAGAAGAGGUGGAGGCCAUUCGGAUUCGAAUGAGCGGGGCAUGGAGCAUGUCCGAAGAGCCCAAGCGGCAUUCCCAAGCCCCCCACCUCAAAUGGGCCAAAGAUGUAGUGCGAGAGAUUUUGGGACGUUCAGAGGAAAAUACUAUUGAUGGACCUAAUGCAGAGGGCAGAGGAAACCAAGGGGUCGACCAGUGCGAGACGGAGAUCAAGAUUGACAACCAACAGGAGGAGGCUGCACAGGUGGCUGGCGAGGUGCCUGUUGUUAAGUUGGGAACAGACGAAAAGCACUCAGGGCCAGAGCUGGAGGAGGAAGAACCGUUGGAGGUGGAGGGACUGAGAGGUAUGGGGCAGAGCCAAAAUGACAUGCAUGCUGGUCAGUUCACAGCUAUGCAUGUUGGUGACACACCUACAAUCACUCAUGCUGACACACUGUUAGACACAGAAGAGAAGGAGGAUCACAGUUUGCACUCAGAGACUGAGCCGUCUGGUGAUCGUCAGUUAGAGGAGGCAGCUGUAGAGGAGAAACAUAGCGAAGAAGGGGAUGAGGUUAAAUUAUCAGAAAUCGAAAAAGAAGCAAGAAGGGAGAAGGAGGUGGAGAUGUAUUUAUCUGUGAGCAACACGCUGUACAAGCCAAACAGCUGCCCCAUUCUGAAUUAUGAAACUGAGUCUGACCUCCUCGUUCCCUUUAGAGAGGGUGACCAGGAGCUGGAAGACAGAUUGGGUAAGAGUGAGGAGGAGAGGCAGGAAGAGGAGCCUGAGGAGAGGGAUACAGUAGAGGAGUUGGGAGAGGGGAGCGAGGUAGAUAACAGAGAGGGAGAUGUGGUCGCAGUAAAGAAAGGGGGGACUGUGACGAGCAGCUGCAGCUUCCGAGAUUUGGGUCCUGAGGUUCGAUUACGAAGAAGGGGGAUCCGUAAAACCACUGAAAGAAGGAAUGGAGAGCUUGUAGAAGUGGAAGAAGAAGGAAGUGUUGGAAGGGAUCGCAGAACCAGAAUAUUCUCUACAACAGAAGAUGAGGAUGAUCGAAGCAAAAGCUGGGGAGAAGUAGAGCUUAGAAAUGUUUUGGACACAAUCGACAGACGUAAAAGGAAUUCAAAGUUUUUCAAUGCUGCCCAGCUCUACCAGCAGUACAGCGAGGCCGCCCAGGACUUUGAGAUCCUGCGUCAGGCUCGGUCCGACGGCAUCUCUGUGUGCGAGGACCCUCCCCCGUCUCCUCCUCCCUCCCCACCUCCUGCAUGCAGACCUCUUCCUCCCCUCCCUCCUUUCCCGCACCCCCACUCCUUGUCCCACACGUGCUCCAUCACCAGUGUCCAAAGCUUGCCUCUCCCUGAGCCCCCCAAGAGUGAUGGGAGGCCUUCCUCCCCACGUCUGUCCAUCUCGCUCACGCAGUCGGUCACGCUGUGGCGGGAGCUGCCGGGGGUCAGGAACAGUGUGGAGCUGGAGGAGCUCACGGAGGACCAGAGGCGACUACAGGAGGUGAGAUUUGAGGUGGUGACCUCCGAAGCCUCCUACUGCCGGAGUUUGGACAUUGUUGUUGAGCACUUUGUAAAGUCCAAACAGCUGGGGGCGCUGUUGGCUACUCAGGACAGGAACUGGCUGUUUUCGCGGCUUGCUGAUGUUCGUGCCAUCAGCCACAGUUUUCUAUCAAAGUUGGAGGAACGGGUGGAAACGGACAUCAUAAACUUCACCGUGUGUGACAUCAUCGCUCGGCACUGUCAGCGGUUCAAGAUGGUUUAUGUCCCCUACCUCACCAACCAGUCCUAUCAGGACGCCACCUUCCAGAGACUCAUGAAUGAGAAUGCAGGGUUCAGGCGAAUUGUGGAGAAAUUAGAGAGGAGUCCUGUUUGUCAGAGGCUUCCUCUCCGUUCCUUUCUCGUCCUUCCCUUCCAGAGAAUCACAAGAAUUAAACUGCUGGUCCAGAACAUUGUGAAGAGAACAACUCCUGGUACUCCAGAGGCGACUCAAGCCAUCAAAUCUUUAAAACUUCUGGAGAAGCUGAUUCAAGAGAGUAACGACAGCAUCACUCAGAUGAAAAGCAUUGAGUCGCUGGUCUCUCUCAGUGCAAAGGUGGACUUUGAAUGCAGGACUCUUCCUCUGAUCAGUCAGUCUCGGAGGCUGGUGCGGGAAGGGCCGGUCACCGAACUGAUGGAUUUCUCUCUAAAGGACACCGAGAGGAAUGUUUAUUUGCACCUAUUCAAUGACUACUUGCUACUUUCACUACACAAAGAAGGGGGGCGGUUCACAGUGAUAGACCACUGUCCUGUGUCAGACCUGCGUGCCGAGAACUGUCGUGUGAAACUUCACUCCCUCCAGAAGAACUUGUUCCGGCUGCACAUGACACACAGAGCCCUGCUGCUACGAAAUGAAACGCAGAGCGAUAAACUACGUUGGAUAUCUGCUGUUUCGCGGCCGCAUCCUGAAAUAGAUUUCACUGCUGCACAAGAUUUUACACAGAUGCAGUGUAUCCGAGCUAUUGUUUCCCAGCAGCCUGAUGAGCUGUCGUUGGAUAAAGCUGAUAUCAUUCUCGUGCACCAACAUAGCAGUGACCAUUGGGUAGAGGGGACCAGACUGUCCGAUCGUCAUUAUGGAUGGGUGCCUGAGUCACAUUUGGAAACCAUAACCAAUUCUAGAGUCCGGCAACGCAACCUGGAAGAUGCCCUCAAACUGACAACUGCCACAGCUGCUGUUUGACCGGAUGCUCCGACUAAAUCGAGGGGAGUCCUGGAUGCACCGUAAAGGAUAAGACUCUCAAUUAUCUGCUACAAACUGCUGAAAACUGGACUAUGGACAUUUAGUGGACAAAUGUGGCAUUCUAUUGGUUCACAAUACUGCAGCAACUGAGAAGCUGUAAGAAUGCAUGUAGCAUUGUUCACUUGUUUCACCCGGUGGUACAAUAUAUUGCCGUUGGAGCAAUCCGUGAACCGCUGAGGCCCGUCUGAAAGACAUCGAGGACAUUGUGACUCUAAGUGUUAUCUAUAGUACAUCACAAACAUUGUGUGUGUGUGUGCUGUAUUAAAUCAAUAAACGUU